AUGGCCACCUCCAUUCCUCCCUCUCCCAACGAAGAGAAAUCCGCCUUUGACCUCAACCUCCAGCACGGCCACAAGGACCUGGUCCAGGCCGUCGCCUUCAACACCUACGGCGACCGCUGCGCCACUGGGUCCGUCGAUGGCAAGAUUCGGGUCUUUAACCGCCACAAGGACGGUACCUGGCGCCUGUGCGACACGUGGACUGCCCACGGCGGUGAGAUUCUAGAGUUACAAUGGCUCCCAUCCACGGUCUACCCCAACCUCAUCGCCUCCCUCGGAAUCGAGGGUUGGUUCCGUCUCUGGGCUGAGGAUCCCUCCGCUGCCCCUGGCCGUCGCUUCUGCACUGGUCGCGCCGGCAAUGGCAAACCUGCCUUCGACACCCGAUCCAACAAGGCCCCAUACCGCUCUUUCUCCAUGAAACACAACGAGGAGACACGCCACACCUAUCUCGCCCUCCUUGCCACCGACGGCCGCCUGACCAUCUAUGAGAAUGACCAGCCUGAGAACUUGUCAGAGUACACUUCCAUUGACGAGUUCAGUGUCUCUCCCAAACCCAGUCGGGGAGAGGAGCUCGCAUUCCGCGUUCGCUUCGAUCCUAACCCUGAGCCAUGCUAUACAGCCCUGCGCGCCGGUGUCCCCACUGACUCCCUUGGCCUUGUUGUUGCUGCCAUGAACGCUGUCAAGGUCUACCGAUCGCGCGACAUUCUUGCUACUUCAAUGGGCGUCCAACAGGCUCAAAAGGAGUUUUACCUCGCUGUAGAGAUAACCGGCCAUCGCGGCCUGGUCCGAGACGUGGCUUGGGCACCUGGCAAUAUCAGGGGAUAUGAUGUCAUCGCAACUGCCUGCCAGGAUGGUUACGCCCGGGUAUUCCGGGUCGAAACGCCUUUCUCUGAAGACGAUGGCAAGUCGUGGUCUGCCGCCGACCUCCUGAAGUCUAACCUACACUCUACUUCUAAAGAUACUUUGAACGGCAGUGGCGCUCCUGCUGAAAAGUCACAACCUCAGACACCUCAGCUGUCAUCUCAACAACUUUACCAGCAGCAGCAACAACAGCACCCUCAUCAUCAGCAGCUCCAAUCUGGCCUCAGUGCCAGCCUUGCCAAAUCAGGCACUCCAGGGGACCGGCACUGGGCCGGCCAGCCUGGUCAGGUCAAACAUACGUUCCACGAGAUCUCACGGCUCGAUAAUCACCGGACACCCGUCUGGCGUGUCGGUUUCGACGAUGACGGUCAGAUCCUUGGCAGUACGGGCGACGACGGCCGCUUGCUCUGCUAUCGCCAGACACCAGACGGUGCCUGGGCUAAAAGCUCGGAGUUAGCCAUGAUCAAGGCACGCAUGGCGGCACCGUGA